AUGAGGGUUCUCUCGCCGGCGGCCUUUGGCAGCGCCGAGGAGAAGUUGGAGGAUGUCUACGACUGUAGCGUGGCAGUCCGCCAGCUCGGCAAGACCUCGCAAUGGGUGAGGUACAACUCAGGCAUAACAGCCUGCGGCGCCCAGAGGUGGCACUUGGUUCUGAACAUCCUGCAAACAGGUCAGCACAUGCAGAUAUUUGGGUGCCGAAACCUUCGAAUUGCUCGGAAUUCCGCUAUGUCUGCAUGCACGCGUGCGGCCAGGUGGCGAGAGACCUUGACCUGCCUGAAAGACUUGCAAACUGCAGGGCUGCGGCCAGACAGCUGGAGCUAUGUGGCCGUUUUGGGCACUGUGCCUGCUGGCAGUGGGUCCUGGCCGUUGGUGAUGAGGCAUUUGGAAGUAAUGCAGCUUUACACCCCUCUUGAGUUGAUGACGCUUACUGCAGCGAUCAGUGCUUGUGGUGAGUGGCAGAAGGCAUUGGCUCUGUUCCAGACGAUGAUUGACUUGAGCAUCCGCGCCACGCUCGUCACGGCCACCGCGGUUAUCGCAGCCUGCGCCCGUUCGCAUUGGCAGAAGGCGUUGAGCAGCUUCGUGGGGUUGCCUCAGCGAAGCCUGACAGCCAACGAGGUGACUCGUGCAUCGGCCAUCCGCGCCUGUGAUGAGGGUCAACAGUGGCAGGCUGCUUUGCAGAUCUUUCGUGUCAAGGUUGCCAACGUGGUCCUGCUCAAUGAGGCAAUCUCUUGCGGACAGUCUUCUGGCAACUGGUGGCAGGCUCUCAACCUUUUGUGUGGCUGGCGACGGCAAGGAGAGCAUCACAGUCACACGGCAAACGUGGACGAAAUCACUCUUGGUGCUGCCUCCUCAAACUGUGAGAGAGCUGGUGAAUGGCAGGUGGCUUUGACACUCAGUGGCUGGAUGCAGGACACGCAAGGCGUUUGCGAGGAUGGUCCGGCAUGCAACAUGCUAAUCAGUGGAUGCGGUCGCGGUGCAGUUUGGAAUCGCGCUCUCCAGCUCAUGAGCUUGAUGCCUGCAAGGAGGUUGACUCCAACCGACAUCAGCCGUGCAACUAGUAUCAGUGCUUGUGGUCGCUGCAAGGAGUGGCAGUCGGCACUGUGGCUGCUGCGAGCCCCGAGGCCGAGGCGUCUGUCUGACGACGCCUGCGGUGCCUCGAUCAACGCCUGCGAGAUCGUCCGAUACUGGAGCGGAGCUCUCGAGCUGCUGCAAAGGAUGCGAUUGUUCAAUUUGGAGCCCGACGUGGUGAAGCGGUCAUCGGCAUUGAGUGCCUGCCAGGGGAAUUGGCUUGCGGCCCUUGCACUCCUGGAGCAGAUGAUCCUCAGGGCUGAACUCGGCAUCAUUACCUGUGCUGCUGUUCUGACUGCUUGCUCCGUUGCUCGGCAGUGGCUCCAGUGCCUCCAGGUCCUGCAACAGAUGCGAGAUCUCCGCAUGGCGAUCGACUUCGUUGCAUGCUGCGACGCUGCCCAGGCGUGUGAUGGAUCCGGCCUAGGCCAAGCAGCGGUGCCACAGCUGUUGCAGGAGGUGCGAAGCUCCCUCCUGCUGAGCUAUGCUGCACGCAGCUGCGGAAGUCGAGGGGCAUUCCGGGUUCUACAGCCUGCCUGA